ACACAUGGCAUAACACAUGAGUUCUUGAUUUGUAACACCAGUGACUUCAGAACUGUCUGAACUCUUGCUGUUUUACUGAAUUUUGGCAGAGCAGUGAGGUAAGGUGGUCUUGAUAACACAGACAGGAUGGAGGUAGUAGAAAUGCUAGGAUGGAGUGCAAUGGUAGUAACACUUUGCUUCUUCCUUACUGGCAUUCCACUGUGUAGGCACAUGUGGAGCACUAGUGAUACCACCACAUUUCCAAUUAUUACAUUUCUUUUGACCGUUGUUAACACGUUUUUUAUGGCCGAUUAUGGAUACCGACAAGGUGACAACAUCAUCUUCUGGCUCAACUUCUGCGGAGUUUUUCUUCAUAUAGGCUAUGUUUCUCUUUUCUGCUUCAUGGAAAUAAGACGCAAUGAGUUUGAAGCAGCGAUCCGCUUCCUCCUGAUUGGAGCCAUCACCGUUACUGUCUAUGCGUACCUACACGGAGUCGUAGAUGACCAGGCACAAGUAACCAAUAUAGUGGGUCUUAUAGGAUCUUCUGUGGUAGCAGUCUUGCAGAUGAUUCCUCUGAUGGGUGCAGUGCAGGCGUGGAGGUCGGGGUUGCGGCUCAAUGCCGACAUGCUGUUCACCGCGAUGGGUCUCAUCACGGCCAUGCUGUGGACGACGUACGGACUCAUGCUCAGCGACAUCUACAUCCUGGCGCCAUCUUGCCCCGGAGUGAUCGGAGGCGUUCUUAGCAUCUCCAUGUUACUGACGCAAGGCGAGCAACGUGCCAAGGCCGAAUAGUCCGGCUCGCUCCCGGACUGACACCCGCUCGCUCCCGGAACGACGUCCGCUCGCUCCCGGACUGACGUCCGCUCGCUCCCGGAACGACGACCGCUCGCUCCCGGAACGACACCCGCUCGCUCCCGGACGACGACCGCUCGCUCCCGGAACGACGUCCGCUCGCUCCCGGACUGACGUCCGCUCGCUCCCGGAACGAAGUCCGCCCGCUCCCGGAACGACACCGCUCGCUCCCGGAACGACGACCGCUCGCUCCCGGAACGACGUCCGCUCGCUCCGGAACGAUGCCGCUCGCUCCCGGAACGACGACCGCUCGCUCCCGGAACGACGUCCGCUCGCUCCCGGAACGACGCCCGCUCGCUCUCGGAACGACGUCCGCUCGCUCCCGGAACGAAGUCUGCCCGCUCCCGGAACGAUGACCGCUCGCUCCCGGAACGACGCCCGCCCGCUUUCCGGAACGACGUCCGCUCGCUCCCGGAACGAAGUCCGCCCGCUGCCGGAACGAUGUCAGAAAGAAACAAGUUUUUUUCUUCCGUAAUCCGACGUAGGGGGGAAUUUGUUUACCGUGUUCGUUAGUGGUUUUCUAUGAAGCGACUUGGUCGUAGGGCCCCCUCUGUUGCAGAGCUCGACCUUGUUAUUGUGAUUUGUACGAGUCCUCUUCGCAUGCUGGGA